AGUGAAGAAGAUGAAGAGAAACUUAAAUCGUCAACACUUCAUCCGAGUGAGAGGAAGGAGAACAGAGAAGACUGUGGAGGACCAGAACCAGCCAGGACCUCAGGACCUGAUGGACGUUUACAACCAGGUCCUGAGGACAAGGCUGAAGACUCUUCUGAGACUGAAGUCAGUGAGGAUGAUUGGAUGGAGACCAGGGAAACUCAGACUGGUUUAAAUACAAGAAAUAACAAACAGCCUCUAAGUGAAAUGGGAUGUGAGACAGAAAAAAAACCGUUUAGUUGUUCUGAGUGUGGUAAAAGAUUUAGCAAAAGGAGCGAACUUAACAGACAUACUAGGAGUCAUACAGGAGAGAAACCGUUCAGUUGCUCUGAGUGUGGUAAAAGAUUUAGUGAAAGGGCGAAUCUAAAUAUACAUAUGAGGAUUCAUACAGGAGAGAAACCGUUUAGUUGCUCUGAGUGUGGUAAAAGAUUUAGCAAAGGGAGCGAUCUUAACAGACAUAUGAUGAUUCAUACAGGAGAGAAACCGUUCAGUUGCUCUGAGUGUGGUAAAAGAUUUAGUGAAAGGGCGAAUCUAGAUAUGCAUACGAGGAUUCAUACAGGAGAGAAACCGUUUAGUUGCUCUGAGUGUGGCAAAAGAUUUAGUCGAAUGGGCAGUCUAAAUACACAUAAGAAGACUCAUACAGGAGAGAAACCGUUUAGUUGCUCUGAGUGUGGGAAAAGAUUUAGCAAAAGGAGUGAUCUUAACAGACAUAUGAUGAUUCAUACAGGAGAGAAACCGUUCAGUUGCUCUGAGUGUGGUAAAAGAUUUAUUGAAAGGGCGAGUUUAAAUACACAUAUGAGGAUUCAUACAGGAGAGAAACCGUUUAGUUGCUCUGAGUGUGGGAAAAGAUUUUGUCAAAGUUGCGGUCUAAAUAGACAUAAGAAGACUCAUACAGGAGAGAAACCGUUUAGUUGCUCUGAGUGUGGUAACAGAUUUAGCCGUAAGUCCCAUCUAAAUACACAUAUGAGGAGUCAUACAGGAGAGUAACCGUUCAGUUGAUCUGAGUGGUAAAAGAUUUAAGAUCCAGUCCUAGUGUACAAGACGUGAGGAUUCAUAAAGGAGAGAAGUGAAUCAGUUUCCACCCUUGCAACAAAGUUUUGUAAGGACAUAUCAGCAGUUACUUAUAUAUAUUUUUUCAAUGUUCACUGUUUUAAAUAGACUAUUAACAGUUUUUAUGUCCCUAGAAAACAUAACUCAUGAAUAACACGAAAGAUUGUGUUUAUAUAUCUUGUUUCUACUGAUUUCUACAUAAUGUAUCUAUUUUUCAUAAUGUCCUUCAUGUCAUUUUAAGGUUAAAGUGUGUUCCUUGAACAGAAUGAAUGUGUUUUCUGUUGGGGAAGAGUCCAGAGCGCUGGCCGAAGUUUAGACCAAGGGUCGUAAAACGAGGCCUACACGCGAUGCUGAGACCAGCUCUAGAGUUUUCCUGGUGGUUGGAGAGCCCCAGCAGGCCCAGGAGAAACCCCACUGUGUUCGUAGACGCCCACUGAGGGCUAAACCCCACCCCCUGAGAGUUGAACACUGACAUUCCAUUGGCUGAACCCCAUAGCCCACUCCUCGAGGAGGCUGGAACCUCUCAGGUCGAUAAAACUGCUGAACUCAAAGAAAUCUCUGCUUUUUCCCUGCUCUGACGACUUCAACAAGACCUGUCCAGGUCCCUCCAUACGACCCAGUAGCUAACGGGAGCAAUUAUACAGACGUUUUUUUUUUUCAUCUUUCUUUUCUGUUUCUAUUUUAAGUCGACGUUUUAUUUUGGUAUAGACCAUUUUUUUUGUAACUUUAACUUGAAAAGGUCGGCACAGGAAGUUCACUCGCAGGCCGAGCUCACAGACUCUCUUUUCCACACGAUCUACAAACGGCUCCAAACAGCCGUUCAUCCCUGCAGAAGAACGAAGUUCAUUCCGUUGAGGAGCAAGAAGAAUCCGCUCUUGUUCGGCCCAGCGCUGAUCUCCGUUGUCCACAGACGAACCAGCGAAACAGAGCUUGAGAGGCCACGCAUCAUUCACUGGACUUCCGGGAAAAUCCCGCCAAACGAGAAUGCAACGCUGCGAGGGUUACAGUAAGAGGCUUUAUUGUCUGGGGAGAGACUAGUUUUAAUACCUAGUGUGUAUUUAUUUGAGUAUGUUUAUUUAAGACCUCAGCGCCUAUUUUUAGCCCGUGUAAGCGCGCGGUAAGAAACUGUCACUUCCUGUUUCUCUGUCACGACCCUGUCGACUGUCUUGACGUACCUUCGCACCGCGACGAAGCGUCUCCGGCCGCAUUGUUAUCGACGACCAAGUUUGCAGAGACUUUAACGAUCAAAAGAUCAGUACACAACGUCCGCUUGGGUACUGAGAGGUAAAGUCAAUGUAAAAUUGUCUCUGGCGUGUUUUCUGAUAAUUCCUUGCAUGUUUCUAUCUCUCUCACUCUCUCUCUCUCUUUUCUCCUAAACCUGCUUACACACACGUUCCAAUCUGCAUUCACACAUUUCACGUUACAUAGAUAAAUCUAGACUUAUCGAAGCCAUUCGUCGCCAAAACCACGCAGAGAUAAGAAUGUCUUUGUCUGAAAAUUCCUUUGUGUAACUCACGUGGCCUACGGCCAUUUUGACUUUGGCCUCAUGUUGUCAUUAACAUAGGCCUCCAUUUUGAAUAACGUGAAUGUACCAACAUCUUGAUUUCGACCAGAUUACGUCACCACGUGACUGCGUCAUUACCUCAUUGCCGCUCCCCCCCUCUCACACACACACACACACACACAUAGACACACACACACACACAUAGACACACACACACACAAAUAGAUAUACAAUCACUAUUACAUGUGUGUUCUAAAUUGUAAUAAGUGCUGCUACUGCUACUGUUGUUA